UGGGAGCAAGGAAGGGAUUGGCAGGUAGAAGCUGUUUAGGGCGGGAACUUGAGGGACUGUGUCCUCAGCCUGCCUCCCAGGACAUUCCUAGCUGGGCCUUUCAGGGAUUGGAGAUCCAGAAAUCUCCAAGACCACUUCCCUUUUUGUUUCUAACCAAGAGGUUGUCCAGACUUUUUUGAGAAUUGGGAGCAGAGUGUGAUGCCAGGAGGGGGUGGAGUUGGCAGGUGGGAGAUGGAAGCCAACCGUGUGUGUGACUCCUCCUCGGGAGGUGAGACUAGGGCCUUCUGUGGGUGCCCCCCUGUGAUUCCAGCAAGGCGGUAGGGGAGGCAGGCUUGUGGCCUUGGAGGCUGGGAGGGCUCCAGCUUUGGGCGCAUGGAGUUUGGGUGGAUCAAGACUGCAAGGGGUGCUGCAAGCUCCUCCAUGAAUCUGGGAAAGGCAGGAAGCUGUCUGUACAGUGAAAGAAGGUGGAGAAGCGGGGUGCUAACUGAGCAGACAGCAAAGGAAUCAGGGCAUCUUCCUGUCAGCAGGGGCAUGAAGGGGGAAUCUGCUCCAGACUUGAACUGUUGCCACAAGGCUAAGGCUCUGAGGAGUACAGGGGGCUCCCUGUCCUGCAGCCUGGACUUCCAGCUCUGCCCAGGUGACCAGGUCUUCUCAGCUUGCACGCCACUCUCCGACACAGUGGAUGCCCAUGGCUCAUCAUGUCCCAGCUGGCUGUACCCCUUGCCCCUGGCACCAGCCAGGUCUGCCUUGCUGACCUGUCCCCAGGGCCUGGACCUAUAUCUGUGCACCCUGCAGCCGACACCACCGAGCACAGCCCCACAGAGUCUUAGACGUGAUGUCUUGAGCACAAAGCACCAGCCACCAGGGCUGCAGGCCGGCUCCACUGAUGAGAAACUCAUGGCCAAGUACCGUGCGAGCAGGGACAAGAGGGGAAGCCAGCAGGAAAGAGCCAGCGAGGGGGCCCUCCGCCCAUCAUUCUCUCCUCACAGCGGCUCUUUGCCAACCCCCUGCUCCUGCCCACUGCCCACUCCCAUCUCCAAAGAACUCCCAUUCUCCCUCCACUCCUUCUAUCCUGAGUACCCACUUCUGCCUCCACCGCACCUGUUCACCUAUGGGGCCCUACCUUUUGUCCAAUAUCCCCUUCUCUUCAUGCUGCCCCCAGGCCCUUCCUACCCCAACAUGGCUAUGCCCAGCUUGCUGAUGAGUAUCAAUGAGCCCGGGCACCCUACUGCCCAGAGGGAGACACUGUAUCCUUACCCAGGGGCCUCCCAAGCCUCUGGCCAAAGCCAACCUUCCCAGGCCCAGAGUCAAGGUCCUGGAGCUGCCAGGACCCACUCCCCAGGGCCAAAGAGCGUGGGCAGGGCGGCUCCAGCAAGGCGGGCGUCUGCGGGCUCCCGGCCAGGCACCACAGCUCUGCCUUACCCACUGAAGAAAGAGAACGGCAAGAUCCUGUACGACUGCAACGUGUGCAGCAAGAACUUCGGACAGCUCUCCAACCUCAAGGUCCAUCUGCGUGUGCACAGUGGGGAGCGCCCAUUCCAGUGUGCCCUGUGCCAGAAGAGCUUCACCCAGCUCGCCCACCUGCAGAAGCACCACUUAGUGCACACUGGGGAGCGGCCCCAUGAAUGCCUGAUGUGCCACAAACGCUUCAGCAACUCCAGCAACCUCAAGACCCACCUGCGCCUGCACUCGGGGACCCGGCCCUUCUGGUGCAGUGUCUGUCCCCGGCGCUUCACCCAGCAUGUUCACCUGAAGUUGCACCACCGCCUGCGGCCUUGUGGCCUAGCACACACCCACCUGCCCUUGGCGUCUCUUGCCUGCCUUGCCCGAUCAAGCCUAGAUCUUGCAGCGCUGCCAUCGGAGAGGCAGACGGGCUGGGGUUUGGAAAAGGUCAAGGUGUCCUUGGCAUCUGGGGGAAAGUAUGGGCAGCCAGCCUGAGCCCUGGUGCCAGGACUGCCCCGGGGAGGGGGCAGGAGCCGAGCAAUUAAAGGAUUUUCUCUAUGGCGAGUUGAGGCCUCCCAGACUUCAGCAGUGGCGGGGGAGCGGGGAGGGAGGAAGCAACUGUGUAUCUGUCAGACUUCACACAUUACCUAGAAGCAGGUCAGAGAACCCAGCCAGGGAGAGCUUGUGAUGCCCGCUCACGGGGUGGGUGCUUGCAGCCAUCCACAUCAGCUGGAUUUGGGUCCUUCUCCGUGUCUGGGACUUGACCCUCCCAUCUCAGCUUGCCAAUGGAUAGUCCAGCCUUCCAGGUCUCCGCAUGGUGCAGACUACACUGCCAAGCACUGGGCACACUGCUCUCUUUCCUGAGCAGAUGUUCCAGCACCUGCCCAGAUGUAUGUCUGCUGCUUCCCACCACCUUCCUGUCUCACAGCUCCUAGGAAGCCAGUGUGCCUCCUUAGCUGGUACUCCUUGCCAUGGUCAGGUAGGUGGCGUGUGCUUCUCCCUCUGUACAUGCCAGGAUCUGAGCCCCCCCGUUGGGGGUAGAGGGGCAGGAACACAAGGUCAAUGUCCAUUCAUGACUCAGAAACACGAGGUCGUCCUGUGUGCCAGGACCACUCACCACAGAAGGCAAAGGGCUAAGGAGGUAGGAGUCCACAGAAGGCGUAGAGGCCCUACGAGGAGUAUAGGGAAGAACUGGCAAAGAGAAACUGAGGAACUAGGACCCUCCUAGUGACCUUUCUCCCUGCAGUCCCAGAGGAUCCCCUCAGAUGUGCAAGGUAUUCUGCACCCCCGGGGAAUCGAGAGUUAGCAUCAGGUGGGAAAGGGUAUUUACUGCCUGGGAAGCAGGAGACCCAGGUUAUAAUCACAAUAAACAGUAGCUAUUAUUAAAUAAUAAUAGCUGGCCGGGGCGCCUGGGUAGCUCAGUUGGUUAAGCCACUGUCUUCGGCUCAGGUCACGAUCCUGGAGUCCCAGGAUCGAGCCCCG